AUGACAGAAUUCGAACAGCCUCUAUUAUUGGAAACAGAAAAUAGGAAUAAGCAUGGUGUAGUAGUCAUCGGUGGUGGUUGGACUGGUCUUUAUGCUCUGAAAUAUCUGUUAGGCGAAGGUCUCGACGCCCAUCUAUAUGAAAGUCGUUCAAAUAUUGGAGGUAUUUGGUAUUUCGCUGAAAAUGAAGCCAUUGGUGGUGUCUAUAAAUCAGCUCAUGCUACAUCGUCAAAAACAUUUUUACAUGCUUCUGACUUUCCAUUUCCAAGUUCAGUCGGAGAAUUUCCUUCCCAUGAAGAAGUUCUUGCUUAUUUACAUUCUUAUGCUGAUCAUUUCAAACUUUGGUCAAAUAUUCAUCUUAAUUCAAAAAUUGUACGGGUCGAACCACAAUGGAUAUUAACCUUCGAUGAUGGACUGAAAAUUGUUAGUUGUGAUUAUCUUGUUGUAUGUUCAGGGCAACAUCAAAUUGCUAAUGAUCCACGCUCUACUUAUCCCUUCAAUCAAUUUACUGGUACAUUUUCUCAUAGCAUAGCUUAUAAAAGUCCCUAUGAUAAUAAGUUUACUAAUAAACGAAUUCUUAUUGUUGGUGGCGGUGAAACAGGCAGUGAUCUAGCUGUAGAAUUAAGUGUUACAGUAGCUAAAACUGUUUAUAUGAGUAUUCGCGAAGGUCAAUGGUUUCAAUCACGUAUAUUAGGUCAACAGCCAGCUGAUGUUAUGUAUACAAUGCUGAUGCGAAUAUUCGGUUAUUAUAAUAAUAUUUUAGUUCGUUGUUGGAGACGAAUGUUUUUCGUACCUAUGUGGGGUAUUGGUGGUACAGGUGUUCGAGAAUGGGCACCGACAGUGCCAUUUCUGCAUGGCUUUAUCAAUAAAAGUCGGGAAGUCGUUGAUCAUAUUGCGCUUGAUCGUGUUAUUCCAAAACGAGGCAUUGCCAAUAUUGACAGACAGCUGAUAACAUUUGACAAAGACGAGACUCCUGUUGAAGUUGAUCAUAUCCUUCUUUGUACUGGUUACCAAUGGACACAUCCCUUUUUUCCUAGUUCAGAUAUACAUGAUUUAUACAAGCUUGUAUUUGCAUCUGGUGUUAAUGGAACUUUAGCAUUUGUUGGUACAGCAAGACCUGUAUUUGGCUCUAUACCAGCAUUAGCCGAACUACAAGCACGUUGGGUAGCUGCUGUAUUUUCUGGUCGAUGCCAUUUACCAUCAGAGAAAGUGAUGGCUCAACGUCGUCGAGCAUAUUGGACAAGACAUGCUUCUCUUUAUCCACAUGAUCAUAAACGGCUUAAACAAUUAGUUAACCUUUUUGAAUUUACGGAUGUCAUCGGUGAUGAACUAGGUGUAAGAGUUAAUUUAUUCUAUUUAUUUUUUCGACAUCCUUCAGCUUGGUUUCGUAUUUAUUGUGCUUCUCCAUGGUCACCGUUUCUUUUUCGUAUUGGUCGAUUGUCAUCCGAUGAUGAAAAAUUAGCUUAUCAACGUCAUCGAGCAUGUAUACCAAAAAAAGAUCAAACAUUUCAUCGAUUUAAUGAUGUUAUGCUCGGUGCAUGGUUUCUUGUAUUAAUUUCUUUAUUUUUCUCUUUCAUAUUCAUUCUGAUGUUACUGUUUUUUUAUGCUUUUACAUAA